AUGGCAAGCGGAGAAAACAACCCUGAUGCUCUACCUAUAAAUAUUCCAUCACGUCAAAGACAAAAUAGAACAGGAAACAAUUUGAUAAACGUAGCAUUUUCUCUAGCAGGACUGAUUCAAAAUCCAGGAUCAUCUUCAAUUCAAAGUUAUAACACAACAUCAUCUUUACAUCUUAGCUUCCCUACAAAUUAUGGGGUUUUGUUAAAUUCUGUUGAAGAUCAUAAGAAAUAUCCAAUGAAAAUUUCUGAGCAUACUCCUAUCAUUCGAAAAGAAACGAUCGCUUAUUGUCUUGGUAGGAGAUUCAUUAUACGCGACCUUCCCAGAUAUUAUCGCAUGGAUGCGCCAUGUUUGGUAAAUUUUAUGAUAAUCGAUGGAUUCGCGAAACAUGAAAAGCCUGGUAGUUUAAUUGAUCCCAUGGAAACCAAAUUUCUCCCUUCCCGAUGGUACAAUGUACUAAUGAGCUUUGGUUUAAUCAUGGCUGGAUUUACG